GCCUCCCGUCCUCCCAGCUGAUAGGACGCUCUGUAACACGCUCUCCCAUCACUGCUAUUGCUGAAACUGAACACGUACCAUAGAGUCUAUUACCACCGCGGUGCAUUGUGGGAUUGCGGAGGACUGCGGCUGGGAGGGGCUCGGAUUCCAAAGUAGAGCGGCACCGUGAUAGGAGCGCCCGGUGUGUACUAGCGGAAGCCAUAAGUGUCAGGACCUAUACUUCAAAGUAAUACAGUAUGUCUCAAACUGGAGAGAAGGUCAAGUUUUCAGACUCUGCUGGCUAUGUCGGAUUUGCUAACCUGCCCAACCAGGUUCACAGGAAGUCUGUAAAGAAAGGUUUUGAAUUCACCCUUAUGGUGGUUGGGGAGUCAGGAUUGGGGAAAUCUACCUUGAUCAACAGUUUGUUCCUUACUGACCUGUAUCCUGAACGGUAUAUUCCUGGAGCAGCAGAGAAAAUUGAAAGAACGGUUCAGAUUGAAGCAUCAACUGUGGAGAUUGAGGAACGUGGAGUGAAGCUUCGCCUGACUGUUGUAGAUACUCCAGGCUAUGGGGAUGCCAUUAACAGCCAAGAUUGUUUUAAAACCAUCAUUCACUACAUAGAUAACCAGUUUGAGCGCUACCUUCAUGAUGAGAGUGGUCUGAACAGGCGCCAUAUCAUCGAUAACCGUGUUCAUUGCUGCUUCUACUUUAUUUCACCUUUUGGACAUGGAUUGAAGCCAUUGGACGUGGAAUUCAUGAAAGCACUCCAUGGGAAGGUCAACAUAGUCCCUGUGAUUGCUAAAGCAGAUACCUUGACCCUAAAGGAAAGAGACAGGCUGAAGAGGAGAGUCCUGGAUGAGAUUGCUGAACACGGUAUUCGGAUCUACCAGCUCCCCGAUGCUGACUCUGAUGAAGAUGAGGAGUUUAAAGAGCAGACUCGGGUGUUAAAGGCCAGCAUUCCCUUUGCUGUCAUUGGCUCCAAUCAACUAAUUGAGGUAAAAGGAAAGAAAAUCCGUGGACGGUUGUACCCAUGGGGUGUUGUGGAGGUGGAGAAUCCCGAACACAAUGACUUCUUGAAGCUCCGUACAAUGUUGGUGACGCACAUGCAGGACCUACAAGAGGUCACUCAGGAUCUGCACUAUGAAAACUUCCGCUCAGAAAGAUUAAAACGCACGGGCAAGCCAGUGGAAGAGGAAGUGCUGGAUAAGGACAUGAUUCUACAGCAGAAGGAGGCCGAGCUACGGCGAAUGCAAGAGAUGAUAGCACAGAUGCAGGCCCAGAUGAGGAUGAAGCCUCCUGGAGAUGACUGAAGGGUCCUGGAGCAGCAUGAAGUGGAUCCCACCCAGAUGACCUUUUCACAGCUGGGCUUCAAAUGCAAUGGAACAAGCCUGGCCCUCAUUGGUUUCUGUCCCCUUUUUCUAUCUUUGCUUACUUGUAGCCAUUUAACAUGUUUGUUUUUUAUACUCACGUAUUUGAUAUUAGCAGUAUGUAACCCAAAGCAGAAGAGGCACAGGCCCCUGGCUAACGUUUUUAAUAUUUAACCCUCUCAUACAGGCAGAUACUUGCACAUUUCUGUCUUUACUGUUGGUACUUGCACUGCCCUUUUCUUCUAGUCAUGUAUAUGUUAAUAUGCACCGAAAUCCGGCCAACCAUUACUGUGGGGGAAUGGAAAAAAAAACUGAGACAAGCAGUCUUGUAUGUAAGGUACGAUCCUGGUUUUAUUUCCGGGAAGGCAGAACCAGGGGCUCAAGAAUUAAAGGGGUUACCCAGGAAAAAACAUUUUUUUAUAUAUCAACUGACUCCGGAAAGUUAAACAGAUUUAUACAUUACUUGAGUUGUUCUUUUCUGUCUAAGUGCUCUCUAAUGACACGUGUCUCGGGAACCGCCCAGUUUAGAAGCAAAUCCCCAUAGCAAACCUCUUCUACUCUGUGCAGUUCCCGAGACAACCAGAGAUGUCAGCAGAGAGCACUCUUGCCAGACAGAAAACAACAACUCAACUUCAGCAGCUGAUAAUUAUUGAAAGGAUUAAGAUUUUUUUUAUAAAAGUAAUUUACAAAUUUGUUUAACUUUCUGGAGUCAGUUGAUAUAAAGAAAAAAGUUUUUUUCCUGGAAUACCCCUUUAAUGGUACCUGCUCUUAUCCAAGUGCCUUCAGAAAACAUUGGGGGAGAUUUAUCAAAGCAUUUCCAGAGGAAAAGUUGCUGAGUUGGCCAUAGCAACCAAUCAGAUCACUUCUUUCAUUUCUCACAGGCCUUUUCAAAAGUGAAAGAAGUGAUCUGAUUGGUUGCUAUGGGCAACUCAGCAACUUUUCCUCUGGACAGGUUUUGGUAAAUCUCCCCCAUUGUUCUGUUUGUAACUCCCCACGAGGAUGUUGUGUACAAUUGAGUAUUUGCUGUUAAACCAACCAGUGCCUUAAUGAUAUUUGACUGUCUUAAUGUAACACCAUUAAACAAGGUAGGGUUUGCAGCCUUCCUCUUCUCUUUUUGUGCAAUGGUAGUUAAUACUACUGUAAUAUUGUUGCCCUUGGCACUUUGAGGAAAGUCUUCUCUUGUGAGAAAUCUCCUAACAUACUUAUCUCAAGAUUUUCCCCCUUAAAUGGGUACUCCGGCACUAAGACAUCUUAUCCCCUAUCCAAAGGAUAGGGAAUAAGAUGGCUGAUCGCGGGGGUCCCGCCGCUGGGGACCCCCGUGAUCUUCCACGCCGCACCCCGUUAGAAUCAGUCCCCGGCACGUGUUCGCUCUGUGUCUGAUUACUGGCGAUCACGGGAACGGAGCAUAGUGAUGUCACGGCUCCGCCCCUGUGUGACAUCACGCUCUACCCCCUCAAUGCAAGCCUAUGGGAGGGGGCGUGACAGCUGUCACACCUCUCCAAUAGACUUGCAUUGAGGGGGCGGAGCGUGACAUCACAAGGGGGCGGAGCCGUGACGUCACUAUGCUCCGUCCUCGUGGUCGAGAUGGACUCAGCCUGAGGACCUCCAGCGGUUCCGGAAGCCGCUAAAGGUGGGUGCUGCAUGGUAGAUCCCGGGGGUCCCCAGCAGCGGGACCCCGGUGAUCUGACAUCUUAUCCCCUAUCCUUUGGAUAAGGGAUAAGAUGUCUUAGCGUCGGAGUACCCCUUUAAGAGAAAACAUAAAUAGCUAGCUGGGAGAAAGUGAAGGUAAAGAUCAGGCAUGCCACAGUCAGAGCACACUUGGAGUGUCUCCCAAACUUAUAUACUGAAACAUUUUCUGUAUGUUGCAUUUUUUUUUUUCAAGCUGGACCUGGAAAUAUUGAAGAAUAGUGUUUAUGCUCUGCGGCUAUGUUUACCAGAUGAAUUAGAUAGUCGGGUCAUCACUUCUGCACUGGGUCACAUUAGAUCAGCUUUAUAAGGAACAUUUAAUAUCCUGCCUUAGCUACAGUGCCUACAGCAGUGUUUCGCAACCAGGGUGCCGCCAGCUGUUGCAAAACUACAACUCCCAGCAUGCCUGGACAGCCAAAGGCUGUCCGGGCCUGCUGGGAGUUGUAGUUUUGCAACAGCUGGAGGCACCCUUGUUUGGAAACGCUGGCCUACAGGGAUCUUAAGAGAGUCUUAGACACACCUACCGUCUCAUCAUUGGUCCAGGCUGCUGGUCUCUGCCCUUUGAGUUUAUCACAGGCUCAAAGGGAAGUCAGGGCACAGAGAGCAUAUUCCUACUACAGCAAGGGCAGAACGGUUAUAAAGUGCCGAUUACUAAAAGUGAGAAACUCUUGGGUAGCUGCUGCACACUUACUGAGGCAAUUGAGUCUUACUACAGAGGUGUCUGUAGGGUCGCUUCAAUUCCUCUUUAGUGGUUGCACUCUCUUAGCAGAAGUCAAAAGUUAAACCUGGCAAGAUUUGACUUGUUAUAUAUUAAUAUAUGUAGUAACACAUUCCUCCGACUUUGGAUAUUUUUUAGCAGGUGCAAAACGAUAACGCAUGACUUAUUUCCUUUCUUAUUUUAAACCCUAACUGAAGUAAUAUCAAAUAAACUGUACAGAUGAUCCCA